CGCAUCAGUGUGGAGGACGUUGUGAUAUCAGAGGCGGCUGGAGCGCGCCGCUCGGUUCCAGUUGACAGCACAGGACGUAGACGUGGACUUGUUGGAGCCGGACAGCGGAGAUGGGGGACGAGGAGAAAAGGAAGAAGGACAGAAAGUCAUCCAAGGACGACAGAGUGACUUUGAAAAAGGAAAUUGGACUUUUGAGUGCGUGCGCAAUCAUCAUCGGGAACAUCAUCGGCUCAGGCAUCUUUGUGUCCCCUAAAGGAGUUCUGGAGCAUGCCGGCUCGGUGGGACUGUCGCUCAUCGUGUGGGUCUGCGGGGGCGGGAUCUGCGUCCUGGGGUCCAUGUGCUACGCCGAGCUGGGCGUCACCAUACCCAAGUCCGGAGGAGACUACUCGUAUGUGACGGAGAUCUUCGGAGGACUCAUCGGCUUCCUGUUGCUGUGGAGCGCCGUGCUCAUCAUGUAUCCCACCACCCUGGCCGUCAUCGCGCUCACCUUCGCCAACUACGUCCUGCAGCCCGUCUUCCAGAACUGCCUGCCUCCGUACGUGGCCACCAGACUCCUGGCCACCAUCUGCGUGUUGUUCCUCACGUGGGUGAACUGCUCCAGUGUGCGUUGGGCCACGAGGAUCCAGGAUGUGUUCACCGUCGGAAAGCUGCUCGCUCUGGGUCUCAUCAUCGUGGUCGGACUGGUUCAAAUCGGCCGAGGCUACUAUGACGCCCUGGUGCCCAGCGCAGCCUUUGAGUUCCACCAGGAGCCGUCCGUGGGCCAGAUCGCGCUGGCCUUCCUGCAGGCUUCCUUCGCUUACAGCGGCUGGAAUUUCCUCAACUAUGUCACAGAGGAAGUCGUGGAGCCACGCAAGAACCUGCCCCGUGCCAUAUACAUCUCCAUCCCCUUGGUGACGUUGGUGUACACCAUGACCAACAUCGCCUACUUCUCCUCUAUGACCCCAGAUGAGCUGCUGGCAUCCAAUGCGGUGGCGGUGACUUUUGGAGAAAAGCUGCUGGGAAUGUUCUCCUGGGUGAUGCCCAUCUCUGUGGCGUUGUCCACCUUUGGAGGAAUCAACGGAUAUCUGUUUACGUCCUCCAGAUUGUGUUUCUCGGGGGCCAGAGAGGGUCACCUGCCUUACCUGCUGGCUAUGAUCCACCUGAAGAACUGCACCCCUAUCCCGGCCCUGCUGGUCUGUUGCUUUGCCACCAUCAUCAUCUUGUGCAUCGGGGAGACGCACAACUUGAUCAAUUACGUCUCCUUCAUUAACUAUCUGUCCUACGGCGUCACCAUUGCCGGUCUCCUCUACCUCCGCAAGAAGAAACCCAACCUGGUGCGACCCAUCAAGGUGAACCUGCUGAUCCCAAUCAGCUACAUGGUGUUCUGGGCCGUGCUGCUCUGCUUCAGUCUCUACUCUGAACCGGUGGUUUGCGGUCUGGGGAUGGUCAUCAUGCUGACCGGCGUCCCCGUCUACUUUGUGGGCGUUUGGUGGAAAAACAAACCCAAAUGGAUUUCCAGGCUAACAGAGAAACUCACCUACAUGGGCCAGAAGGCGUGCUACGUGAUGUUCCCUCAGGAUGACCCUGCAGAGGUUGAGCCCCUCACUUCCUCCAAAGCUACAGACUGAGCAGGACAGUCAACAGGAUGGAGCUGCAGCCUUUAAGUGCCCCUCUCUAAGGACAAAUUGCAGGUUUAGGUAUGCUACAUCAUCCAAUGGGACAGACAUCCAAACACAUCAACAUGGACAUGCACCAAGUCACAAGGAGGCUACCGUGCAACAUUUGGGAGAAGCAGCAUCCGCUCCCAACUUGCAUCCAUUUCAUCCAACUUGAUGCCCUGACCUCCGCUCCCCAAGCCAAGUCCUUACGGGACCAGCACCCACCGCUUGUGCGCACCAGAGCUUCCAGUUUCCAGCUAAGCACUGUGGAGAAGCUGGAUCGUUACAGCAACAGCACGCAAGACGUUUGCAUUUUAACAUGAACUGUUUGUCUGCCUUCAACACAUGGCUUGGGGGGGUUUCUGUCACGACAGGGGACAUUUUUUUUUGCCAGCUGUUUCAUCAUCUUUACAUUCAGUCCACGCAUACGCCGGCCCCUCCCCCUUUCCCUAACCUUGCUCUUGUUGUUACUGUGCCUUUUCCUUAAAUGACUUCCUUCAGGUUUCUCAUUGGCUAAAAUGGCCUUACAGAUGGGGGGCACAGCACCACCUGCUGCUUCUGCAAAUGCCUUUUUAUGUGGACUGCCAUUUUUAAACGUCUAACCAGUUGUGGACUGAGGGUUUUUUUCUGCUCCUCAGGUUGACUUUCAGCAGCUACUUUCAUGUUAAUGUGCCUUAAUAUGAAAUGCAAUGUUUGCUUCAGGCCUGUCACCAUAAUCCAUUCAUCCAUUCAUCCAUGCAUUAAAAAACAGGUGGAUAAUUCCAGUAUAUAAAUCUGCUGGUCUCUCUGUGCCACACAGGCUGAUGACAAGAGGCUUCACUCUGCAUCUGUUUAUGCACAUUGCUUCUUUCGUGGAAUGAAUGGAGAGAGUGAACCCUCCUGUCCUCUCAUUCAGCCUCUUUGUGGAGGCGGGGCUGCCAGUGAGUGGAUACAGAGGGUUAGCAGUUAGCCUCGUUAAUGCCACAGCCGACAGCCCCAGUGUGAGAGUAUUUGGCUUUUAAACAGAAUGCCCCACACUGGCAGUUUUCUCAACUGGGAAAAAAAACUGCUGAUGGAGGUGCCUCGGGCAGCGGAGCCUUCGUCCCGACAGUCAACGCUUACUGAGGCGUUUGUUGGCCAAAUAUAAACAACAGUGCAAAACGGUGCGCGCCCACAGACCGUGUCGCUGGUUCGGUUGCAAGAACAAACAUACAGGCGACUUCUGCGUCAAGCUAAUGUCUCACACAGGUACACCAUACACUAGACGUGAGUACCAUCUAGUGGUUCAAAUGUGAAUAACACCUCAUGACAAUAAUGGAAAAAUUGUCUCAAAAGAUGUCGAUAAAAUCGAUUGACAAAAAAUUGUAGCACAAUUAUCGACCAGCAAAAUUGGUUAUUGUGACAGGCCUAGUUUGUUUAGUGUGUGUAAUAUUUUCUAUGGAGGAGUGGCUCUCAAACUGCAGUGACCUUAUGUUUAAGAUCUUUUUUAUGACAUAUUUGUAUUCAUGCCAGGGUAACAAACAACAAAUCUCGGCUUGUCUACACGAUAGACCUUUUUCUAAAUGGCCAUUUUGUUGCUGACUGGCUGAUAAACAAAUGACACAAACGAGUUAUGUUUGCUUCAGGUUCACAACCAGAUUUCGAUUUCGAUUCAGAAUAGCCUUUACUUUGCAUCACACUGCAUUACUGCCACUAUCAAUUAUACAUGCCACUUCCUGUUUUGCUUUUUUGAAGUGCUGUGUCAUGCUUUGUGAAGGACGCUGCUGAGCUUGUUGCCGUGGAAACGUGACAGCUUCUUCUCUAAUGGUGCUCAUCAUGAACGUACAUUACACUGUGCUACUAACAUUGUGAGAGAGACGCAGCGACACUGACAGAUGCAGCCUCACAACAUCGGAAGACAAAUUAACCCAAAGACACUUUUGUUCUGUAAUCAUAUGAAGGACUCACAUAUAAUACAUGACACCUAACACAAUCACAUAUUUGUUUUUUCUAUUGUACAUAAAACUCAUUACAGCCUACUUUUAUAGCACUUGUCAAUAAAGGAAUACUCAAUUGUUUUUCAGAAUUAUAGCUACCCUAAAACGCUGCACUAAAGAGUCAAAUGAAGCAAAAUAUUGUUUUUAACUGUCUUCGGGAGAUUAGGCUUUUACUGACAGGCGAGCUGGCUCGCUAGCUAGCCUUGGGUACAUUCAAACACACUUGAAAAUGCCGCAUACACAAAGGCAUACACACCUUGCACGAUUUUACAAUUGUUCACUUUUGAAUUGCAACUCACUUUGUACCGAGUAAAAUCAACUGUGGUGUUAAGUCACGUGAUUAAAGUGAUAACUAUGGAAUCACAGGGGUGCCAAAAUUAAAAGGGAAUACGUGCGGAUAUACAAAGAGAAUCAAUAAUACAAAAUAUACAAAUGUGGAACUACAAAGAGAAUCAAUAAUACAAUAUAUACAAAUGUGGAAAUACAAAGAGAAUCAAUAAUAAAAAAAAAUAUAUACAAAUGUGGAAAUACAAAGAGAAUCAAUAAUACAAAAUAUACAAAUGUGGAACUACAAAGAGAAUCAAUAAUAAAAAAAAAUAUAUACAAAUGUGGAAA